AGGAGACGGAGGGGGCAAAGAAAGGAGAGAGAGUGCAGCGGUGACUUUUGAGGGACUGUGCGGGCUGCUGGCAUGAGGGGCAGGAGGCAGGAGGGAGCGAGGCAGAAACAUACGUGGUAGCGUGAAGCUGGGAAUUCCGUCAGUGUGUUUGGAGUCGCGGCGAGGAAAGGAAGCCGAGAGGAAUCGUGCCAAGAUUACAAUCAUGUCGCCGUUAUUGCUGCUACUCGUGGGUGUCGCCGCCCUCAUCAAGUCCGCCCAUGCACAGACUGACUGUGGCCUCCCCUAUACGUCUCAAGACACCAGAGUUCGUCGCCAGGCGGAACCCUCACAAACAAACGAAUCGGCGCCGUCAACACUCACUGUUCCAGCACUGUACUCGAGCUGCGGUGCCGUGGUCAUCAGUGAUUACUUCCUGCUGACGGCGGCGUACUGCGUGCUCAAGCCUGAUAAACCGGUGAACUCUGUGCGCCUGGGUGACCUGGACCUGGCCAAGGAAGGAGAGGCCAACAGCCAGCCUGCUGACUACGAUAUCGAGCUCAUCAUCAUCCAUCCCAACUUUACAGAUGACCCACAAACAGGGAUCCGCUACAAUGAUCUGGCACUGCUCAAGACCAAAACUCAGAUACAGUUUAAUGAGGCUGUGUUCCCCUUCUGCAUAUCUCGCACCAGCCCUGCCGUCAACACCACUGUCACUGUCUCAGGCUAUGGAUAUGUUAAUGAUUCCCAUCAGCCAACACAUCUGCAAGAGGGAGAGCUCCAAGUGAUGUCCCUGGAUGACUGUGUUGCAGAGUAUCGUGCUAAGAACAGAUAUAACCUGCUGCUGAGUGCCUACCCUGACCUCCUGCAAGGAUAUGGUGUUGUGUGUGCAGGUCACCCCAACAGAGGGGCUUGUAAUGGUGACGAGGGUGGGCCAGUGGUACGGAAGGACGAGUCUGGCCGCCAGUACCUGGAGGGCAUCAUCAGCUUCACAGCAGACAUCUGUGGUCCCACUGUGCUGCCCACCAUCUCCACUAGUGUGGCUGACAAUUAUGAUUUUAUUACUGAGACAAUAAAAUAUGCCUAAAUUUAAAUCUCACUUUUGUCACUUACAUGGCUGUCUAGAAGUAAACUUACUGGCAUAUUUACUUGUGAUCCAUUAAUCUGUGUCUUCCUCUCCUUCAGUCGAUAAACAGCAGAGAAAUUCGCCAUGCAUCUCUUUGCUUGUGUGUUAAUAAGUUUGUUCCCUAUCUUGCUGGCUCACUGGUACUGCACUUAUGGUUUAUCUUCUUUCUUAUCUUUUGAUCCUUUCUUUACUUUUAAGUGUCUUUUGUAUACUACUCUCUCUCUCUCUCUCUCUCUCUCUCUCACAUUAAUGUCUAAUGGUGACACCAAGUACACUGUAUCAUUUUAUAACUAAUUAUACUGAAAAAUGACAAUAUUAUUAAUAUAGAUGAAUAAAUAAACUUCAUUU